AUGAAAGCUGGAACAUCAGUCAGUAAAGGUUCUCUCUCUAGAGGGGAUCCUGUUGGUUUCCGCUUAGAGUCUGAGGAGGAAGAGGAGAAGGAGGAGGAGCUGCUGAUGGACAUGGAAACCUACGAUGAGGAUGUUGCUGAGGCGAUGCAGCUGCAGAGCAGGGCCAUGCGUUCUCCCCGUCGCUGUAUUCCCCACCAGCAGUCCUGUCUGGGUAACACGCUGCCCUGCUGCGACCCCUGCGAUACCCGCUACCCCAGAAUGUUCGGCUCCAUCUGCUACUGCCGUCGGACGGCCUGCGCCGGCGCUCACAGGCGUCCCUAAAACACUCCUAGAAAACCCUCUACGCCCCCCCCCCCUCUCACGGUGGGGCCCCUUUCUCUGCCAGUCUACAGUCAGUAUCUAAUCCAUAUCCGCAAGGCUUGAUUUUAUGAGCACGCAAACACAGACUAUACAUCCCAGGAUGCAUCAGUGAGACCGGCCAAUAGGACACUCUCGUCACGUUGUAUUUUCUUCUUGAUGUUAACUCUGGUUGUGUUUUAUUUUCUAUUUGAUUUUUUUCCCCGAUAGGUUAGAUGGAUGUUACGUUGGGUGUACAUUUAUCGUUCAAUGAAAGUCGAAAGACAAAAUCAAUCUCUAAAAAGGUAAUAUAAUUGUCUUAAAAAAAUAUUGGCUAAGAUUUAUUUUUUUUGUUAAUUAUUUUUAAUCUUAAAAACAACUGAGAACAUAUUUAUUUUUUAAAGAGACCAUAAUGUAAAAUACUUACAUUACUCAAAUCAAAAGUUGACAUUUAACAUUUUGUUUAAUGAUUUGAAAUAGUGAAUCAGGUUCUGUAUGUUUAUCAUGUGCCCAGAGUCUGAACAGUAGUCCAAUUGUGAGGCAGAACAGUUUCUGCUACGUGGUUUAAGACUCCAGUAUGUGAAACUCGCAUAAUGAAUGAUAUAUAUAUAUAUAUUUAAAUAUCUGUAGUUGACAAUAUAUAUUCCAUAAUAGGGAAACAGAUUUAGGUAAGUUAAAGAAAUCAGUGCAAAUAGUAAUUUAUUG